AUCCAGGAACCGCAACCCAGGCACAUUUUUCGCCUUGCGCACUUCCCCGGGGCGGGACUUACCAGUAGAAAGAUAGUAGGCCUCAGCACCAAAGCCACUCAUGUCACACCUUGCGCAAAUUUAAAGAUAUCGAUUCGGUUUCAAUUUCAUCUUCUGUAACAACCCACAAUUAAACCCGCGAAAACCAUGCUGCCUCAGCGUUCGUCGCAACUGCAAAAGGACUGGUUCCAGAUCCUGAUUGGCCUGGUCUGGUUCACGGUCGUGCUGAUCAUGCUUUUGUCCAAAAUGAAAGCGAUCCAAGACGUGCUCCUACUCGCCUUUCUCUGCGGAGCCACGGCCGUGCAGAACGCCGAGCAGUUGGUGCCCUGGCUGGUGGCGGACAAAACGAAAAAGUUCGACAAAAAUUUUAUCGCCGUUCGGAAGCACGUGCGAUUCGAAUGCCUGUAUUCCUUUCUGAUAACCUGGAGUUUGCUGGAGGUCGUACAUCUGUGCGGCACGCGGUUGGAGACGGAAAGUUGGCUCUUUUUCGGCUGGACGUUCUGCCUCGUCACGAGUGUGUUGUACCACAGCGGCUUUAAACUUUUCGGACUUUCCAAUGCCAACCAAACAUGGCUCUUUAACCCUGUAAUAACGCUGGCGCUGCUGCACGGAACGAAAAGCACGGGGAAUUUGGUGAUAUCGGACAUUCAGGCGCAGAUCUACAUCGGGUUCCAGGUAUAGGAUGGCAACUUCUCGCGAUUUUUGCAUUCUAUCGUGUACAUGAUGUCUGUAGAAGUUCGCGUUUUUUUUUCGCUUUUUUGAGUUCCGCCGAAGAACCAUCGGCUCCAUAAAAAUUUCGCACGCGCACUUCAAUUGCUCAAGCCUUUUCUCCAAACUAAGGUAACAGGCAUGGUUCUCGGCCUUUUACUCCAUUGUGUGCGGACUUCCGGCACCGAUUAUCUGUCGCUCUUUCACACACUGGAACCAAAUUUCCUCGCUGUCACAGAGCUCGUGAUCGCCUGCGCAAUCAGCUACCUUGUAGCCCGCAUGCAGAUAACAGCGAGCGAGAAGGCGAAAGGUGAGGGGAGGCGAAAUGUUAUGAACAAAAACAGCGGCUUCGGCAGCGGAGUAGAGAUGAGAAAUUUUGCCAGUGUAGAUCAUGCCGGGAACGGAACGACAGGGAUAGAACCAUCUUCCGUACAACUUCAAGGAGCGGGGAGCAGCGCAACUGUGAUUCCUGGAACUAGUGAGGAGGCGAAAAUUGACUAAAGUUAUGCAGAUUUGGCGCUAGUAGGCCUGUAACAUGCGCCGCCCGCUGUUGUACGAUUGAGAAAUGAACAAGACCGGAAGAUUUGGCACAGUCUCUACAGCCGAAAAACGCCCGAUACUCCACCGAUGUACUUCUUGUAAAAAAUUCGUGUUCGGACAAGCGGCCACAAUCGCUUUUAAAAACAUACACUCUGCGGAACCUCGUUUGCUCACUUGGUUUCUAUUCUUGUACCAAAGUGAGUCAGAAAGGUCUUCCUAAAGAAAACCCAUCAGCGUCCUCUACACCGGAUACGCGUUUCUCAUUC